AUGGCAGAUUGGCUAGGGAGACGGCGCCAGCGACAACGUCGUAAGAAACCUAGACGCCGCAAAACCAAACGAGCAAAGGAUGUCCGUGGAGAUUUCAUCAGCUCCAUGCCAGAUGAGAUCCUUCACCAUAUUCUCUCCUUUACCGACACCAUCUCCGCCACCAGGACUUCUGUCCUGUCCAGCCGAUGGAGGCAUUUAUGGCGCGAGUUAACUUCUCUCUACAUCCAUGACUUUGGACCAAAGGCUCGAGGGCUAAACCAAAUCCUAACUAACUACACAGCUCCCAAAAUCAUGAGCUUCCAUCUUGAUAUCUUCAGUGAUGAUCACUCUACACCUCAGAUUGAUAGCUGGAUCGAGUUCGCUAUGUCCCGCAGAGUGCAGGAUCUGUCUAUGACCUUUAAUCAAAGGAAGUAUAAUUUUCCAGAUUUUUUUUAUCUUAGUUCUUCUAUAAAGAAACUCAGCGUGAAAUUGAGGGAUAGAUAUAUGAUUCCUGGAGUCACAGUGUUGUGGGAAUCCCUAAGGAGCUUGUCACUGAAGGAUAAAGUCAAAUGCCGAGUUUUUAGGAGUUUAUUUUAG